GGGACCUUGGAAAGAAUGCCGUCGUUAGCACGCACGAUCUCGCCCUCGAUAAUCGUUCUCCUAAUAUUCGAAUGUUACUUGGGGGCCCGCGGUACCUCGAUAAAAUCCUUGGACGUGCCGCUCGCCGUGCGCAACGGCACCGGACCGAUGGACCUGAUCUGCGCCUACGAGGUUGACGAAGACGAGAACGGACUCGUAAUCAAAUGGUUUCACGAAGCGUAUCAGAUCUAUCAGUGGAUUCCACCGAUGCCGCCACAAGAUAUCGGAAUCAUCGAAGGACUCGCGGAAUAUCCAGCUGAAAAUCUGCAGGAUCCGUAUUCGCGUUCGGUGAUACGAUUGACGACCGUUACGAUAGACAUGACGGGAGAAUACAUGUGCGCAAUCAGCACGUUCCAGGACGAAGCGAGCAACUCGACGAGGAUGAUCGUUUACGUACCGGAAAGCGAUAUGACGGUGCGCACUUACCCCUACAACAAGACUCACGUGAACUUGACGUGCGUGGUAACGGGCGCGCGACCACGGCCGUCCUUGAAGCUCUACGUCGAGGGAAUCGAGAGCAACGAUCGCGGGGGCGAUUGGGGAUCCUCGACGGACUGGCACAACGGUGACCCACGAACGUCGCUGGCCGUCGUCGUCGAGGACACGCUUGACCCCGCCGUUGUCGAAUGCGAGAUGUCGAUCCCGGAAACGGAGUACAAGCGCCGGGAACGGAUCGUCUACUACCCCACGCAAUUACUACCCUAUCGCACAAAUGUUUCGCAAGGGAGGCACUACGCGAUGUUGCUUGUCGAUAUCCUUUAUAUUACCGUUCUUAGAUUAAUAUUCACAUAGAAUUAAAGUAGACUGGUUUAACCGCAAAUUGUGCUCCGGGGAAAUAAUAAACAGGUAUAUUUAAUGUACUUAAAUUUUCGAAGCUCGAGCAUCGACUCUUCUAGUUCUAAAAAAAUAAUAAUAUAAUAAAACAAAUAAAAGCACUUUAUCUUAAAUUGAUCGUCUAUUUAGCCCGCUUUUUUAUUUUCCCAAAAGUACAAUGUAGGAUAUACGUCGCUCGAAUUUGAUGGACUUGAUUGUCCGAUUAACUUUAAUGAUUAAACAUUCGCGAUUUAAUGUUCUGCGUACAACGGACAUUGCUAUAUCGAAACGACGAAGCGUUUGCGUGCGUUGGGGGUGGGAGAGAUAAUCUUGGAAAGUGGGGAUGAUACCUAGAAAAAAGUAGCGGUACCCCUCAAGAUUAUCAUUCGCUUCCCGGCACUCACCUGCGAAGGCGUUUACAUCCUCAACUGAAGUCAUCAGGCUUAUCGUCGUGCCGAGUUUGUGGUCGCUCCUAAUCGCGAAUACUUCAUAAAAAUGAAUC